AUGCAAGCUGCAUAUGGAAGCCUUCUGAACGCAGACCUUUGGUGCAGAGUUUGCCGCUGCCUGGAUGUGGAAAGCUUUCUGAGAUUCCGGGCCUGCCAGAGAUCCGGCCAAGUGUCUGUGAACUUCCUGGAGAUCGUCUUCCCGCCCAGCAUCGAGAAGCCCUCCGUGGUUGCACAACUCAACCAGCUGCUUGAGGCUUUCCCCGAGCGCCAGCUGCAGCUUCGCUGCUGGCGUCUGGCCGCCAGGUUGUCGAAGCAGGAACUCAUCGACACCGAGGAUGCCAUCUUGUGCAUCAACCACUGCGACUCAAAUCCCUCAGUCGUUCAGUGCGUUUUCGGACUCCGUCGAGAUCGAGGUUUCGGAAGCGCUCACCCUUUCAUGCUGGAGUGGGACUGCGAGGAUGACGCGGCCGUGCAGGUCCUUGCCUUCCACAGCCGUUGCAAUCUCUGGUCUUUGGACGUUCUUGACCUGGAGCAGCCCUUUACCCUCCGCUUUCAUCUGCGCAUCCCUGGGCCGACUGGUGGUGUCCACGUGGCGCUGAGCUCGAACCUGAAGCCGUGGCAAGGCAUGGCGGCAGGCAGUUGUGAUGCGGUGACUGUCGCGAUUUUGAAGCGAGGGAACUGGCGGCAUGCCUGCGAUGUCGUUUGGGUCCGUGGCGCCAUGUUCGGCACCGACCUCGCUCUCCACAUGUGCCCAAGACGAAGGUCUCCAUCUGUCACCUUGGUGGGGGGACGAUCCAAGUUGAGGCUUUCGGCGAGCAUCGAGUUUUCGAGGGCCUCCUCACCACAAGCCGCCCCGGUCGCCCACUGCCCCGCUAUGCACGCCUCGGGUUUCUUUGCUGGGACCACGAUUCGCGGUAUGACCUUCGCCACAUUGCGCUGGAGUCAUGAGGCCACACCAAAGCUCAGUGCCCGGCCACCUCGUGCUGUCCGUCAGCAUCCAUCAGCGACGAUUCGCGGCCCACUCCGAUCCAAUCUCGCAAAGGCGAAGCUCGUCGUGAUGAUGUCUACGCACGCACAGAUCAACAAAGCCAAAGUACAGGUGACUUGGCGAGUGAGCUGGCGAGACAGGAGAACGAUUCUCUUGGAGGGCUCGGCAGCGCAAUCUUGUCGGCUGCCGACGUCCUGGGUGAGCAAAUAUAGGGGGCGUAGCCCUAAACCCUAA